AUACCGGCACACUGCAGCUCUAACGCCACAGUGGCCCUUGCUGUAUCCCAAAUAAGUUUGAGGCUGUCGGUGUGAUUGCAUAGGUGACCCCCUGGAUUUUUGGGUCUGGGUUCUAAGAACUAAGCAUAGGGAGUCUUAGGGCAGUGAUGUCAUGUGCUUUUGUUUUAAACUUUGUUGAUUAUUGGCAUGCUGUCCCUUGCUUAGUGGAAAUGUGUUUCAUUUAAGUCUUUCGUUUUACACAAUUCUAGUUUUGCGGAAACAUUAUUUAACAGCAAGAAACAAGUUGAAAUCAUCACAAAAGGAUAAAGUUCGUCAGUUUAUGAUUUUCACGCAAUCCAGUGAAAAGACUGCAGUGAGUUGUUUAUCACAAAAUGACUGGAAGUUAGAUGUUGCCACAGAUAAUUUUUUCCAGAACCCUGAACUUUAUAUCCGAGAGAGUUUAAAGGGAUCAUUGGACAGGAAAAAGUUAGAACAGCUGUAUAACAGAUACAGAGAUCCACAGGAUGAAAACAAAAUUGGUAUAGAUGGUAUUCAGCAAUUUUGUGAUGACCUUGGACUUGACCCAGCCAGUAUAACUGUGCUUAUUAUUGCAUGGAAAUUUAAAGCAGCAACGCAGUGUGAAUUCUCCAAACAGGAGUUCAUGGAUGGAAUGACAGAACUUGGGUGUGACAGCACAGAAAAGUUAAAAGCACAACUACCUAAACUGGAACAAGAGUUAAAAGAGCCUGCAAGGUAUAAAGAUUUUUACCAGUUUACUUUCAAUUUUGCAAAGAAUCCUGGACAGAAAGGUCUAGAUUUAGAAAUGGCUGUUGCAUAUUGGAAUUUAAUACUUGCUGGAAGGUUCAAAUUUUUAGACCUUUGGAACAAAUUCUUACUGGAACAUCAUAAACGAUCAAUACCUAAAGAUACCUGGAAUCUUCUCUUAGACUUUAGUACGAUGAUAGCAGAUGAUAUGUCUAAUUAUGAUGAAGAAGGUGCAUGGCCGGUCCUUAUUGAUGACUUUGUGGAAUUUGCACGCCCCCAGAUUGCUGGGACAAAAAGUACAACAGUGUAGCACUAAAAAAACAAAAAACUUUAGUAGAAUGUACAUAAUUUGUACAAACACAGCAUUGCACAGCCAAUAUAAUUUUGCUGACUGGACUGAAGAUCAAUCCUUCCAUAAAAUUGAGGGUUGAAACACUGCAACAAAACAUCUUUAAUUGUAUCUCCUUCAGGUAACAGCGGUUUGGGCUUUAAUUGUAGUCCGAGCCUCUGUUUGCAGAUCUCCUGGCAUUAUGGAUUUUAUCUGUCUUCAUUGGAGCAUCCUAGCUUAUUCCUUUUGAAGUUUCACAAGCUUUUUGCUGGCAGUUUUGGUCUUGAAGUUUUCAUGUAAAGCACACAGGUGUCUCCAUCAAAACACUGUUGACUUCCUACAUAUCAGUGUUUGUUUUCCCUUUUAAGUUCUUGGUUUAUUGCUUUUGGGUCCCUCUCAGGACGCUACACUGGUAAAAGUUAAAACUUUCAAGCCUGGUUCCAGUAUGCUGAUUUUGCAAGAUCUCACACGCUGUCUACAUUUCUGAAAAUGUGAUAAAACCAAGUUAUACACACCUCCAAACAACUGAAAUUCUAUAGGUGUAGUGAUCAGAUGGCUGAUUUUUGCGUUCUCUGAUUGCCAAACUGGAAAUAAGAAAGCCGAUUUCCGUUAUGGUAAACAUUCUAAGUACUUGUCUACAGAGUCCAUGUAAUCUGCUUCAUUCAGACCAUGGUGUUUUAAGAGGCCAGCUCUAUGGGUAUCUGUGAACUGUUGAACUUAAAUACAUCAUACUUUAACCUGUUUGUGCUGAUGGAUAAACUGCCAUUUGGAUAAUGUGCUCAUUUUUGAAGAGGUACUUAUUUCUGGGCAUAACACCUCAGUUGUCUUUAAACAGUGUCCAAAAUCAAGUGAUGUUGAUUCUGUCACAUUACUGAGAUAAAUUUUGUGCAGGGAAGGAGUAGAAUUUUCACUAACCCUUUUAUUAGUUUUUUUUUUAUGAUUGGGUACAGUUUUGCACAAUAUCCGUUAUUAGAAAAGACAGGGUUUUAUAUGCUUUAAAAAAUAGACUUGACAGUUUCCAUAUCUCGGUUUGAAGAAAGAAUAGAUUAGCAAGGUGAUGGUCCCUUAUAUGAUUCCUUUGUACAGAGGAGAGCAAGCUUGCUCCGUGUCACAGCUGACUUCUCAUAAUGUCAGCUGAUAGUGUUUCUAAUGUGAUGUUUCACUACCCUGUCAAUCAGGUGCCAGCACAUUAUUGUGCUUUUGCAGCCUUUAAUGGAGAGUAGGAGAGGCAAUUAAAAGUAAGCCUGAAUUCAGCCCCUGCUGUCAUAAAGUCUGUAUGCAAGAGUUGCCAUUACCCUGAACCACCAAGAGUGCUUCCUUGUACCAAUUGGCAUAGUGCUGUCUUUGAUGCACUAGCACAGUAGAAGUAACAGUAGGAUUUCUGACAUAAGCAUUUGGAACUCUGGGGUCAUUGAGCCUUGGACUACAUCAGGAGACCUGCAUGCAGCGAGGGAGAGACAACAGCAGGAGUCUUGAAGGUAAAGCUGGGAGAAAA